AUGCAGACACGCGCGUAUGCAAGGGGAAGAAAACUUGUUUCAGGGAUCACUUUGCGGACACUGGAUGUCACCCGCCUCUUGCCUGAGGAUUUCGUGACACUGAGCGGGAAGACUCUCUUUCAUAUGCAGGCCCUGGAUGCUCCGUCGUCUCUGCGCGUGCACAAGCUUCAUUACUACCAUUCGAGGCGUGAAUGCAUUCAUAUCCCGUUUCCCGAGGGCACGCAGGGAUUUCUAUAUUGGCAUGUGGAGCCGAAUGCACCUCCAUUACUGUCCGAAAUCCGCUUUCGCGUCACAGCAUCCUCGGAUCCCGCUGCAUUCUCUGACGGUUACGAUCUCCAGCGACCAAACGGCAGGAUCUGGAGAAGAACACUCUUCGACAUUGCGGAUCACGCAAAUCACGCGCCCUUCCGCGCGGUCCUCCUACGUGAUGGACUUGUGACGCAGGAUUUGUUCGACGAUAUACUGGCGUGGGCAAAUAAUAACGGAAACCUCAAGCCCGGCGACACUAGUCACUUGAUCUGGAGGUUUGGCCAGCCUUUCCCGGCAAGAGUCGAGACAGGGUUAACGCGAGUGUGGCUCCUGGGCAGCUCCGAGUGUCAUGUCUUUAUGGUUCGAAACCUAUUUGGACGCUCCGUAAGACGUGAACGACACAAAGGGAGAUGCCUCCUUCAACUCGAACGCUCACCGCUUCCUGAGCACCAAGGCAAAAGAGUCGUUGUUAUGAGAAUAGUGAAGAUCCUCGAGCUGACCAGGGCUGAAGGUGCAGCACUGGACCAUGACGGAUCGUUGCCUAGGGAGGGUGGUCUGGCAUAUGUGCCGAGCCCCGGCGGCCGCAGCAAGGUAACACCAUGGAUUCCGUGGUCGGUCGAUAUCGACGGCGGUAGAAAUCCGAAGAAGCAGGCCUUUCGCGAAGCCCUCAGAGUACUGUUUGAUAAUGAAGCCAAAUAUCCAGAUCCAGUUCAGUGAUAUUGAUUUGACUAUAUAUUGCUACGUACUGAACAACAACGCACGUCCGUUCCGAAUUUCCUGUCAGCAUUUGUCCGAUUCCUGUCAGCAUUUGUCCGCGCAGAACGCUUGCAGCCAAGAUGAUGCCACUAGUAACUUAUCGGUGGUAUUAAUUACUAUAUUGAAUUGCAU